AUGGCGGCAGAGGAGGAAGUGGAGCAGCAGCUUGUUGAAGCCAUCUCGCAGGAGGUGGCACUGGAGUUGUCCACGCCCUCGGGCAACUCUGCAAACAAGUUCCGCUGCUGCUUCUGUCCGUUCCGGUCUUGCGGGCGGGCGGACAGACUGGGCAAGCAUAUCCGCAAGUUUCACGCCAAGGAGAGGCUCUUCACUGCCAACGGUCGCACGCAGGCGCAGUGGAAUCUCGUCCUGGCUAUGUUCGAGCAAGAACAGGCUACUGGUAAUUUCCUGCAGAGAUCCGCUGCGCAGCUGCAACAAUGGAUUGCGCCAGAUCCUUUGACUUUGGCCUACCUCUCCAAGCAUAACGACAUCGAUGUUGUUUUGCUUCUCACUUCCCAGGGCCCCACAUAUGUUCUCAAGGCACAGACGGUCAAUAGCCGGCGACUUCACAAAAAUCUUUACUACGACCACUCCUUCGCAAGCCUGCUGCUUUCCUUGAUGUUGCAGCACGCCGGCAAGUCAGAGCCGGUGUUUAAUGGCGUCGUGCACCACUUCGUCCAGCAGCAGAGCCCCUGCGUUCUUUUAGGCCUUCGCAAUCGCCUCACCAGGAGACGGCUCAUGGAAGAUGUCGCCGGUCUGCCUUGUGUCCAGAGCCUCCGGGAGGGGCUUGUGGACACGUGCACUCGGCAAGGUGAGUGGCACGUCGUCACUCACGAUGCCACCUUCAAGUCCCUAUUCUCAAUUCUAGGACAGGAGAAAAUGGGGCAGAAGGAUGGCGAGGUGCACGCCCUCCAUUCAGUACUCGGGCGCAGUGGGGCGUUGGCAGGCCUCACCCCACAACGAACGGAGGGGUUAGCCUGCUUCCAGGCAGCAUGCGAGGGCGCUCUCCCAAGAAGCGCCCGGGAGACUACCAAGUGGAUCUUUUCCGACACGCCCGCGAGUGUGGAGGGCUGUCGGCGCUGCUUUCCUAAUCUUGUUGGUGUGGCGGAAGAUCCGUUGCACCUAGUCUUCCGUGUGGAAGCAUGCUUCGGGGAGCGUCGGACCGCGCUGUCGCGGGACGUGUUGCGGCUUCAGAAGAAAUUUGCUGCCCCCGAGCUCGGCCCCAUCUACAAUGGUGGGCCCCCCGAGCCAGGACGAUGGUGUGGACAACGCAAGCGGGCCCGGGCUCUUGAACGUGACUGGGAGUGUUACUGCGCUCAGCCAUAUCAGCGACACCAGGAUUAUGUGGAUGACAUCUUAGACAUCUGCUUGACGUACCCGAGCGACAUGUCUCGCAAGGACUCCCGUGGGAAGACAACAAAGCAAAUUCUGAUUGCCGGCGCCUCCUUCCAGCACUUUGCGUAUUUGCUGAAUGGAUCCCGGGCCAGAGCGAGCCUGUCUGACUCCGACAGAAAGCUGCUGUCCAUGGGCACCGCCGCGAACGAAGCCCUUCAUCAGCAGUUCAAUGCGACACAACGGCCUGUCAUACAGCAGCAUCGAGAGAGCGUCGAUGUGGUCCUGUUUUCCUUCACGUUAGCGAAGCUCCUGGCGCAUCAAAGUGCAGCUUACUGGCCUACCGUAUCCCAGCGCUCCCAGUCCCUCCUGUUGUCCAUGAUCACUGGCCACUUGCGCAGAGAGUUCUGCCCGGCUUUUGCGAAGAAUCCGGUCGCUGUGGUCAGGAACCGUCGCCUUGCCCGAGCUCCUGUUCACCGGCAGAAUCCUGCCGCUGCACGCGCGGCUGCUGACAGAGCUGCGGGUCAGUCCGAGCGAUGGGCCACGCACGUGGCAGCCCGCAAAGUGAGACGACGAUGGAUCCUGAAGCGGACGGUUUUCACCAAGAAGAAGCAGAAGAGGCAGCGGCGAGGUAGCGGAAAAUCACCGGUACCGAUGCCGCAGGGCUAG